AUGUCCGAUUUGAUGAAUUGGGAAGAAAUAAAGAGUGUAAUUGAAUCCGGGAAUUUACAAUUACUUACCCGUACAAAUAAGGAUUUAAAGAUUUACAGAGAAUUUCGUGCAAAAAUUGAAAAAGAAUAUGGGUUAAUUGACAAUUAUUUGAUUAAACAAGUUUUAAAAUGGAAUUGUUUUGAUAUUAAUAACAAUAACAUGUCGUCGUCAUCACCAUCAGAAGAAGAAUAUUUCACAGCGACAACAUCAUAUGAAAAUUAUAGUUUAAAAUUGAAUGAUUUUCCUUAUGCAAUAGAUCCAUCAAUAACACAUUAUAUUUUAUGGUCAAAAUUACCGUUUAAUCCAAAUGAUAAUGAUAACCGUGAGGUUGAAUUAUUUAUAAAAGAAAAAUUUGGUGAUAAUAAAGAAUGGUUAUGGUUUAUCAAUCCUAUAAGGCUUCAAACCAAAUAA